GGCCAUUUUUGGGGCAGUAAGAUCGAGCGAAGAGCCCGAGAGCUAGCGCGCAGCCCGAGCUCGAGCCGCCUCCGCCGCGAGACCCAGGCCGCCGCCGGCGCCGCGAGCCCCGCCCCGGGGCCCCGAGAGCGAGCCCCGCCGCCGCGACCACCAGCCGCGCCAACCGCCCACCAACCGCCGCCGAGGUGCCCGAGGGAGAGCGAGCGGAGCAGGCGGCAUGAGCGAGGCGGCCGACGCCACCACCACCCUCCCGCAGGCUCCGGCGGAGGCGGCCGCCGCGGCGCCCCAGGACCCCGCGCCCCAGAGCCCGCGGGUCAGCGGCGCGCCCCCGGGCGCGGGGAACCCCGGCGGGGACGCGGCCCCCACAGCCCCGGGCCCCGCGGGCCCCGCCUCCUCAGCCCCCGCCGGCGGUGAGGACGCGGAGAAAAAAGUUCUCGCCACCAAAGUCCUUGGUACUGUCAAAUGGUUCAACGUCAGAAAUGGAUAUGGAUUUAUAAAUCGAAAUGACACCAAAGAAGAUGUAUUUGUACAUCAGACUGCCAUCAAGAAGAACAACCCACGGAAAUACCUGCGCAGCGUAGGAGAUGGGGAAACUGUAGAGUUUGAUGUGGUGGAAGGAGAGAAGGGUGCAGAAGCAGCCAAUGUGACUGGCCCGGAUGGAGUUCCUGUGGAAGGGAGCCGGUAUGCUGCUGAUCGGCGCCGUUACAGACGUGGCUACUAUGGCAGACGCCGUGGACCUCCCCGUAAUUACGCUGGGGAGGAGGAGGAGGAGGGGAGCGGCGGCAGUGAAGGAUUUGACCCCCCUGCCGCCGACGGGCAGUUCGGGGCCCGGAGUCAGCCGCGCCGCCCCCAGUACCGCCCUCAGUACCGGCGGCGGUUCCCGCCUUACCACGUGGGACAGACCUCUGACCGUCGCUCACGGGUCUUUUCCCACCCCAGCAGAAUGCAGGCUGGUGAGAUUGGAGAGAUGAAGGAUGGAGUCCCAGAGGGAGCACAGCUUCAGGGCCCGGUUCAUCGAAAUCCAUCUUACCGCCCAAGGUACCGUAGGGGCCCCCCUCGCCCGCGACCUGCCCCACCUAUUGGAGAGGCUGAAGAUAAAGAGAAUCAACAAGCGGCCAGUGGGCCAAACCAGCCACCUGUUCGCCGUGGGUACCGGCGUCCCUACAACUAUCGGCGUCGCCCCCGCCCUCCUAAUGCUCCUUCACAAGAUGGCAGAGAGACCAAGGCAGGUGAAGCUCCAUCUGAGAACCCGGCUCCAGCCCCCGAGCAGAGCAGUGCUGAGUGACGGCCGGCUCCCCAGGCACCCCCACCAUCAGCAGGUGACCUAAAGAAUUAAUGACCAUUCAAAAAAUAAAACAAAGCCAAAAGCAGACCAUGACCUUACCAACACCAAAGAAACGUAACAUCCAAGCAAUAAAAUAGAAGAUAUAACCAAGAUAUGGACAUUAGAAUGUUUACUGUUAUUCUUUAUGAAACAAAACAACUAAAAAAGGAAACAGCCCGUAUUUCCAGCAAGCUGAGAUCCUGGGAAUGCCUGCACAGAAACGAGAGAGCAGCUACCCCAGUUGCAGCAACCACUAGGUUUAUAUAUUUUUUUUUCUGGUUUUUACUGUUUUGGUAAUAUAAAUUGAAAGAAGAAAUAUUUUACCACCUGGGAGAACCCCAACCAAAGAAAUCUGAAAUAUAUAGUAAAUAUUUUUUUUUUCCUUUUUUGUUCAUUUUGGAUGCUGGUGCUAAAGUUCCAAGUGUGAUUAAAAAUAAAUUUUAUGCCCUUAUUUAUUUCUAGGAUGAGGGGAGGAUAACAUUUCUGCUUUCUUAUGUGACUCUCUUUGAAAAUGAAUGUGCAGUAUGAAGUUCCUCAAAAAUAAAAUUUUUACUCUUGAAAAGAAA